AUGAAGAAGAGGGGAAGAGGUAGCCUUGUAAAGUUAAUUGGACUCCUCUACGACAAGUAUAAGCACAAACUGUACGAAGCAUGGGUAAAAGUGAAGAAUUUCUUCAAGCAAGUGUAUCGAGAGAUCAAAAAAGUGUUCCAGAAGGUUGGCAGGUCGAUUAGCAAUUUUUUCAAUAAGCUGUUUGGCAACUUCAAGAAACGGAAAGCAAGUACGAUGAAGCCACCACCGGCACAAGUAAAAAAUUGA